GAUCCUAACAAUACCGGAUGUCUAGAUGCAGCAAUGCACGAAGCAGUUCCAGCUAUAGCAGCUUGUGGUGUUUCUCCUGUCGUACGAAUUCCUGAUAACCAGGGCUGUAUGGUCAAACGUGCUUUGGACUGCGGUGCUCACGCGGUCCUUGUGUCCCUCCUAUACACAGUCGAGGAUGCGAAGAGGCUGGUACUUAGCGCGAAGUUUCCUCCACAUGGGGUUCGUGGAUUCGGUGGUCCUUUUCCGCAAGAACGUUUCGAUCCAUCGAUGGGUGCCGCUGAGUAUCUCCAGCAGGCAAACGACGCCAUUCUCACAAUUGUCCAGAUCGAGACCAAAGGGGCACUUGAAAAUGUCGACGCAAUCGCUGCUGUUCCUGGUAUAGAUGUUCUAUUUGUGGGCCCGUUUGACCUGGGUAAUAACGUAGGCCACCCAAUUCUGGACGGGACGAUGCACGAUGAUUUGAAAGCUGCAACGACCAAGAUCUUGAAGGCAGUGAAUGCAGCAGGGAAGAAAGCUGGGAUAUUCUGUUCAAAUGGUGACCAGGGAAACCUUUUUGCUGACCAUGGAUUCCAUAUGAUACCUGCUGCGACUGAUAUACAUAUCUUGCAAGGUGGUGUGACGGGUGCUCUGGCUACGGCCAAGGGUACGGGUCCAGCUCCGAAGUUGACUGGUCGACCAGAUAUGACAUGCAAGAUAUUUAUCCAAGAAGGCGCUUGUCGAAUAAGUGGUUGA